GAAUUACGUACGUUUUUAAUAGUUAUAGACACUACUAAUUUAAAGCGACAGUGGUUCUACACAGUAAUACAAAUUAUAGGGAUUAAUGUAGGUUGGGUGACUUCCUAUCCUACUGACGACUAGCGCCUAACUUGUCUUUAGCGCUACGAUAUGGUUGUGUCAGCAUUAUAUAUUUUAGACAACAAAGGGAAAGUGCUCAUUCAUAGGAAUUAUCGUGGUGAUGUCGAAACCAGUGCCAUUGAAAAGUUUAUGCCUGUUGCAAUGGAGCGUGAAGAGGAAGGCAGUCUUAUUCCAGUUUUACAAUUAGGGGAAAUAACAUUCACUUAUGUUAAAUACAAUUACUUGUAUUUGGUAUGCUUAACUCGCAAAAACGCCAAUGUAGCAAUGGUUCUUGCUUUCCUGUAUAAACUCGUCAGUAUAUUUCUUGAAUAUUUUGGGGAAUUCGAAGAAGAGAGUAUUCGUGAUAACUUUGUUAUCACAUACGAACUGUUAGAUGAAAUUAUGGACUUUGGUUAUCCACAGACAACUGACACAAAAAUCCUUCAGGAAUAUAUUACACAAGAGAGCCACAAACUAGAGGUGGCUCCACGUCCUCCAGUUGCUGUUACAAAUGCUGUAUCCUGGCGCUCGGAAAAUGUAAAGUAUCGGAAAAAUGAAGUUUUCUUGGAUGUUGUUGAGUCUGUGAAUCUAUUAGUGAGCUCCACCGGAAACGUUUUGCGCAGCGAGAUUGUGGGGAGCAUAAAACUUCGUGUUUAUCUCUCUGGAAUGCCUGAGCUCCGCUUGGGAGUGAAUGACAAAGUCAGAUUUGAAAACAUCGGACGCGAUAAAGGCAAAGCUGUAGAACUGGAAGAUGUGAAAUUCCAUCAAUGUGUUAGGCUGUCAAGAUUUGAAAAUGAUCGAACAAUCUCUUUUAUCCCUCCAGAUGGUGAAUUUGAACUUAUGUCUUACAGGCUCAACACCCAUGUUAAACCUCUGAUCUGGGUAGAAGCAAUAAUUGAGAAACAUGCACAUAGCCGUAUGGAGUAUAUGGUGAAGGCUAAAGCACAAUUCAAACGUCGAAGUACAGCGAAUCAAGUUGAAAUUCAUGUUCCAGUUCCAUCGGAUGUUGACUCACCAAGAUUUAAAACAACAAUGGGUAAUGCGAAGUAUGUUCCAGAGACAAAUGUUGUUGUCUGGACAAUACGCAGCUUUCCCGGUGGUAAAGAAUACAUAUUAAGAGCCAGUUUCGGUUUGCCUUCUGUAGAAGGGGGUCAAGAUGUGGAGUCUAGACCGCCAAUAACUGUGAAAUUCGAAAUACCAUAUUUCACUGUAUCUGGUUUACAGGUUUGUGAUGGGAUCUUUCUUACAUAGAAACUAAAAAUAUUUAUCUGUAUACUCGGUGCAAAGUGAGCAGAAUAAGUUUAUAUCUUGUGUUUGAAAUCCAACCAUUCAAAUAAUCACUAAACCACAACUCUUAGGUCACUGACCACUAUGGUGCUUGUUACGUAUUAGACUGUGAAACUAUCUAUAAAUAAUUGUUAUGUAAAGGCUCUCAGAUGUAUCCUCUGCCUGGUUAAAACAUGGUGAUAUCAUAUGGGUUCACUCUCGAUGAGUUUCACAUUAGGGCGAAACACCUUUUCAGUACUUUUUGGCUUUUAAUGAUACGUAAUUGAUGUCAGUUCCUUCAACAAAACUGAUACUAUUGAGUUUAAAAUAGACUGGUGAACAGUUUCGCAGAAGCAUUCUGUUUUUCAAAUUUGAAAGCCAGAUUACUUUUAAUUCGAAGGACUCACUUUAAUCAUCUCUCUUUGAACUCUGUUGGUUUUUUGCGCUUGUAUAUAGUUCUUGAUAGGUAACUGGCCCAUUAAAAUAUUUACUGUUUUAUGAAAUAACUACUCAUUAGUAAUAGGAUUUUUAAAAUCUCAAUAAUUACUUAUGAACAAACUACUGAAAUAAUAUUGCGAGUUAAAUGAAUUUGGAGAUGCGAACAAUUAGCUACGAACUAAGUUAUAGUCUUAAAGUGGUACUCUCACCUCUAAACAUGACAUUCCUCGGUUCGACCCCUGGCAUUGCCGUAAGCAUCUAGUCCUAAGGAGUUCUUAACUAGAACGAAACAGUUGUUCAAUUCUUCCUGACUAUUAAUGACUGAUUAAGUGGAGCCCGUUGAUGUUUUAAACCAUUUUUAAGUUUGCAAGCUGUAUUUAUUGCAUAUCGGUCUCAUUUGGCAUACCACUGAAAUUCAGAGAGCUAUCAGGCAGCUAUUUCAUCCUAGUGUGGGGUGGGAUCACUAAUGCUUCCACUCAAUUUAUCCAGACGUCGAACCGAGGACCUUUAUGUCUCGUGGUGAACAAUUAAUCACUAGAACUAUCGGUUCGAUAUCCAGUGGCACAAUUUAAACUUCAAUCGAUUCGCGAUAUAACCCAUUGAUGACUUCUGAGCAGUUUCAUGAUAGUAGGAAAGAGAUAUCCAGUACUCUCUAGUUUCCAAUGGUACCCAAUCUGAAAUCAACAUUUGAUCAAUUCUAAAGUUAUUUAAAAUGAUGGAUUUCGUCAUACGUGGUUAUUGUUCGAUUUUUUACAUAAAAUUGUUAUCUAUUACGGGACUGGACUCUGAAGAGGUGACUUAAAUCAAGCCACGAAAUGUCAUCGGGAUAUAUUAUUACUUUUAUUAUUAUUAUUUAGGUUCAUCACUUAAAAAUUAUUGAAAAAUCUGGUUAUCACGCACUCCCAUGGGUACGUUAUAUUACACAAAACGGUGAUUAUCAAUUACGUACUUUAUAAAGCAUGAACACAACAAUCAACAUGAAGACACAAUGUUAUUUUGUAUCAUUUCUAAUUCUUUUUCUCUGUUUCUCUUAAAUCUCUCUCUUUAACCACAACUACUUCUGGUUAUUUGAGUAGUAAAAUUAUCGUUUUAUCAAUUUUUCUUUCUGUUUUAAUAUGUGAGAUCUACUUUCAUCUCAUUUUAACUUUUUACUUCAUUCGUUCCAUUUUCAACAAGUUUAUUUUGAGUGGUGACGACAAAAACAACAACAACAAACAAUACAUCUGUCCAUCUUGUAUAAUUUUACAAAUAAUCUUACUAUUUUGAAAUUCAAUCAGUUAGACCAUAAUUUACCACAUGGCUGUGAAUAGUCUCUUAUGUACUACUACUACUACUACUACUACUACUACUACUCUAAGACUGCAACUAUCCCCGCAUUUUUUAUGAAACAUGUUUAUAUACAUGAUAAUAUUGUUAUUACAUUCUUAUCAGUUUCUAUAUUUGGAUUACGAUUUAAACGGGGAAAAUUUGUCACAGCUUUUAAUAUAUGCACCUAUCCGUUUUUUGUUCUAGUUAUUUAUCUGGUUUCUUUAUGAGAAUGAGGGUGGGGCGGUGAAAGGCGUUUAAUAUGAGGUUGAUAUAUGUCGCUUUAUUAUCGGUGUAUAUUAUGAACUUCCUUUUUUGAAUACUUAUACUAUUUAAUAUACUUUUUGGUUAUUUUAAAUCAUUACAUUGGUUGCUCUAUAUCCAUCACUCUUCAUGUGUGUAUGAUUAGCAGAGAUGUUUCCACUGAGCUACGCCGACCAUGACCGAGAUGUACCUAUAAUUGAUUGAUUAUUCAAUCGUAGCCAGAGCCACUUAUGUCAAGUUCUAAUAGUGUUGGUCGAACUCUAUUGGUUAAGUUGCCAGUGUCUCUUUAAAAUAAUGUAGAAAUACGGCAUAGGGUACUAGAUAAAUAGGGCAAAGUGACUAGUGUGACUGUAAACCUUCGUGGACAUAUGUUGUUUCUAACUCAAACCACCUGGCAUAGGGAGGGGGCAAGUGAGGAGAAAGCUAUGAAAAACCGGACCAAAUACAUUCCAGUGUCUGUCG